AACCAGCUGAGCCGGGGCAGCAGGGUUUCGGGGGAAACAUCACUUUCGAAAGUUUGUCUCAGUUAUUUUCUGGAGUCUCCGAACUAUCAACUGGCCUGGUUUGUUUACAUUUUUUGUCCUCAGGCGUGUGUGUGUGUUUUGUCAGUCAUUUACGACACAGCGCGCUCCAGCUUUUUGGGCUGGUGUUUAGAGACUCGGUCCAGUAAGUAGAAUGUUACCGAGCCAGGUCGGAUCGGCACCAUCUGGAAACGGGUCAGCUUCAGGCAGGGGUACCACAGGACUCGGUUCGGGGGUUGUCGGCGGCGGGAUCCGUCCCGUUUUGGUCAGAGUAGGGCAAGCUUUGCCGGGGGUCAGCGAGAGCGCCGGUGCUGCCGGGCGACAGGGGGAAAGAGACGCCAUCGGGAUGCUGGGGGCUAAUGGUCCGGGGGGUCCGAGAGGUGCGAGACCGGGGAACGGCACAGGGGUGAGCCCUCUACAGAGCGCCCUCCAGGGAAACAUGGUGGGCUUAAACACGGGAGUUGUGUUGCCUCACGCAGCCCGGUUCGACCCGGACAGAGAGAGCGCUCCGCUGUGCAGCGGUUCGGAUAAUGACUCGGACUCCGGAGACGACGAUGACCCCGUGGGUUCACUCGGGGACAGCAGGAGAGGGGUGAAGCGGGAGAGAGGCGAGAUGGAAGCUGCGGUGACGGGGCAGGAGGUGGGGGUACCUCCCGGAGGUUACGGCAUGGUGUCCGGAGGGGUCGCCGGGGCAAAGCCGGGGAAGAAGACACGUGGGCGGGUAAAGAUAAAGAUGGAAUUUAUCGAUAACAAGUUGAGAAGGUACACGACCUUCAGCAAGAGGAAGACGGGUAUUAUGAAAAAGGCCUAUGAACUCUCCACCCUGACGGGAACCCAGGUUCUGUUGCUUGUGGCCAGUGAAACGGGUCACGUUUACACUUUUGCCACUCGCAAACUCCAGCCAAUGAUCACCAGUGAAACGGGCAAAGCACUGAUCCAAACAUGCCUCAACUCGCCAGACUCACCACCACGCUCGGAUCCCUCCACGGACCAGCGCAUGAGUGCCACAGGCUUCGAGGAGACGGACCUCACCUACCAGGUUUCGGAGUCGGAGAGCAUGGGCGACACAAAGGAUACACUGAAGCCGACAUUCACGGUAGCCAGCCUACCAGGCACCACCAGCAGCGCCCAGUCCACAGUACCCACCACCUCCACCACCAUGCAGGUGAGCAGCGGACCUUCGUUUCCCAUCACCAACUACCUGGCGCCUGUCUCGGCCAGCAGCAGUGUCAGCGCCAACGGUACCGUCCUCAAGACCGCCGGCGGCUCCACAGGUGUCAUGCAGCUGCCCAGUGGCUUCACUUUCAUGCCCGCAGGCACUCCUCUCCCCCCCGGCACCCCCACCAUUCCUCUGAGCCAGCUGCAGCAGCACUCCCUGGCCCUCCAGGGGCAGCAUGGUCAGGCUCUGGCCGCCGCCCAGCAGCCACAGCAGGGACAGCAGGCUGUCUUCCGCUUCCCUGCUGCUGUCUCCCUCACAGGAGCGGGGGUUCCCCAGCAGCUUCAGGCUAUCCAGGUCCACCCCAACACCCAGUCCACCUCAAACAACGACAGCAGCCCCGAGAUCUCCCACACCUCCACAAACUCCACCGCUACGGUGAGUCUCCCAGCAACCAUUGUCACCUCGUCAGUGCCAACGUCUGUGGCGGGUCACAUGAUGUACCCUAGCCCCCACACAGUAAUGUACGCCUCCACACCGGCGCUGGCUGACGGGGGGCUGGCUGUGCUCAACGCCUUCUCCCAGAGCACCUCGGCCAUGCAGGUGUCCCACGCACAGGCACAAGACACAGGUGCUGUCCCUCAGGUGUUCCUCACAGCACCUCCAGGCACGGUGCAGAUCCCCGUCUCAGCGGUGCAGCUACACCCAGUACGGCAAGAUCUGCAUUUUACAAAUGGUGAUUGGCCAGCAGUCGAGCGGCAGCAGCAGUAACCUGACGGAGCUCCAGGUGGUCAAUCUGGACGCGGCGCAGAACUCGAAGAGCGACUGACGGACGGCUGGAGCUGUUUAGCACAGCAGACACAGGGACACAGACAUACAGAUGACUGACAUCUCUAUUUAUUGAUGCCUUCCUACAGAGUUUCACACCACACUUCUGAAUGUGACUUUAAAGUUUUUUUUGUUUUUAUAUAUAUUUAUAUAUAAUAUAUAUAUAAUAUAUAUAUAUAUUAUAUAUAAAUAAUAUAAAUUAAUUACACACAAUUACACACAAUCAAGGGCAAAUGUGUGACUGACCCUUAUACAGUAAGUUUUGGUAUAUAAAUAUAUAUAUAUAUGUUCGCAAAUGCAUAGGAAAUAUAUCACUACAUCCAUCAUCUGAACCUAUUUUCUAUGCUGUUAGAUGGUGUCUUUUUGUGUGUGCAUGUUUUUUGAAAAUGUGUAAUUACAUGUACACACACUGCAAGGUGCCACAGCUUCACACCAGCCAAAGAGACAUUUGUUUGUCUGAAUGUUCCAGUGUGAGCAUUUGUGCACAAGCGUGUGUGUCUGUGUGCGCAUGCAUAUCUGGGAUUUGUAAAUGGGUGGGGAGAUGCUUAUUGACUUAACAAAAAAGAACAUUUGGAAAUGUACAUAUUUUUUUUUUUUUUUUGUUUGUUUGUUUUUUAAAUUGAUAACUUGUAUUUUUUAGCUGGCUUAGUUUGUGCAACGGCAUGUAGUUGUUUUUUUACAUAGUGGUUUUGUAUGUACAUGAAAAUGAUUUGCAAAAAGAAAAUGAAUUAUUUACAUGUAUAUGUAAAUUAAUUUAAAAUACCAUCAUGCGUUGAAAUACUGUCAUGCUUUUUGGGAGUUUUCACUACAAGAUGGAGAAAGAACGCUGGAUGUUUUUCUACUUUUUUUUUUUUUUUUUUCCGAUUUUGACAUUUGUAGAACUGUCCCUCAAACAGUAUCGAGUACCUGGGUCAGAAAAUGUUAACCAUAAGAUAUUUAUGAUUUGCUGUAAACAUAUUAACUUUAGCUGGGAAGAUUUCAGCAAAACAGCUGAUGGCAUCACAGUUUAGUAUGACAUCAGUUGUGCACACGUUUCCUAAUGAAGCUCUGAUCUGGCACUUGAGUGUAGAAAUAGUUCAAACUAUGACAAUCUGAUGGAAAUCAUUUUCAUUUAUAUCAACUUUUAGCAUAAUUCUAUCUAUAUUUUCAUCCGUGUUCACACAGAAAUAUGACUACAAUUCUGACAUUUUAUAAACUGUCACAAACAGUUAAUAUCCUUAAGUGAUAUUUAAGGGACUUCAGACUGAACUUGUUCACUUAUUUUUAAAUGUGUGACUUGCUUCUCUGGGUAAAAACCUGAGAGUGCCAAACAGGUUUUUGUGACAUCAGAUAAAUGAAUGAACUUGCGUUGUCUAAUUUGUUUCAGACUACUGACUUGAGUCAGGGUAUUGGACGCAAACCUUGUUUAACAAGACAAGUGUACAGACUUGGCAAUUCCACUUCAAUACUGCAAUCAAGGCGUGACACUCUGUUAUUCAGUUCAGUCCCAAUACUGUAAUACUACAACAGUGAUGACUGGAUGUUUUUAUUAGAACAAGGAUCUCUUCAUUUGGAAAAGUGACUUCAGGUGCUUUAAAAUGUUCUACUCCUUUUGACGAGAACUGUAAGACCCUAGCUGACUGUAAUCUCAGUAUGUACCUCAGCAACCAUUAGGAAUGAGACAGAGUUGUUAGACUGAGGGCCUUCUUUCUGCACCAUAGUGCCUCUUCUCCAUGGCUGAUUCAUAAAUCACUGAAAGGCAAGGGAAAUUUAGGAUCUACUUAUUUCUAGACCACCUCACAUGACUUUGGACCUGUCAUACAAACCUUGGCAGUGCCCAGAGAGCGAGAUUUGACUCAUUUCUACAGAAUUAGUUGGAUGACUGAGCAUGGCAGGCUUGAAGCCAAAGAGAGUCUGUCAGAGGAUAAAGUAUCCAGGCUGACUGCUGUUCAGUUAAUCACUGGCAAGAGAGGUCAUUUUCACGCUUGACGAUCUCUGAUCUGUUCCUGUACAAGUUGUCGUCAUCCUGCAGUGCUGUUUGAACAUGGAAAUUACAUGUUGAAGACAUUCAAUUCUCCCAUUUUAUCUGGUGGUUAUUCAAGAGUAUCAUUUUUAAAGGGGAUUAUUGAACCAAAUUUGUGGUGUUCACCUCGUCGUUGAAAGAAAUGGUUAUUUUGUGUAUUUUUCUUGUACAGACAUUUUUUAAUAAAAAAAAUAAGAUAAAACACAGUGAACUGUUCAAAGAAUGACCACAUCUCCUGCUGAAGAACUUUUUUUUUUAAUUGGGACGGAGAAUGUUAAAACCAUAUUGUCCUGAAUGAAACCUAAUACAUGUGUAUAACAGCAGUGAUGAAAUGAAGACGGCUGAUGAGGAAUAAAUGAACUGCAGUGAGUGGCCUCUGAUUACUGUGUGAAGCAUCGGGAGGCAGGAGGAGUGAGCAUGCACCUUACCUUAAUGUUUCAGUUGUGCAUUGCACAAUCACAUAAACAAACUGGCCAU